AUGGCUCAUCACCGCCCUCAUCUGGUUCUCCUACCAUCUCUGGGAAUCGGGCAUCUCAUGCCCCUUCUAGGCCUCGCCACCAGAUUGGCGGCAAAAGGCUUCACAAUUUCCCUUGUUCUAGCUUCUCAUCAAAUCUCUGUUGCCCAACAUAGAUUACUCUCGUCUGGCCUGGAUAUCCGAAUACUGGAACUCGACCUCAAAUUGGAGCUCAACACUAACAGCAAUACCAAUCCAAAUGUCCUGGCCUCUCUUGUUGCUCAGAGCCAGACGAUUCUCCGAUCCCCCUUCGAGAAUCUUCUCCACCGCAUGUUUGAUGAUGGCGGUCUGGACGGACUACCCCCUCCUCUCUGUAUAAUCACCGACUUUUUUCUGGGCUGGACGGUGGAAUUCGCUGCUAAAUUCGGCGUUCCUAGAAUAAACAUUGAAUGUUGUCCACCACAUGCAAUGAACCUGGUGGAAUCCCUCUGGACAAUCCUCCCGCGCAACUUGGAGCGCUCUGAUUCAGGCCGCUACAUUGUGCCGGGCCAGGGAAACAAUCUCACCCUCCUCUCUGCCUCCGAAAUGACGUCCGGAAUGGUCGAAGCGGAUGCCUCACACCCAAAGCACCUCUUUUUCAAAACCCUGUUAGCCAUAAACCAAAAGGGCAGCUGGGCAACCAUCUUGAACACAUUCCAAGAGCUCGAAUCAGAUCAUAUCGACCAAUUCCAGAGCCGAUGCGCUGGGCCUGUCAGAGCUGUGGGGCCGUUGCUUCCCCUUCCGGGCGCCCGCCGUUUGUCCGAUUGCCCCGAAUUAGAGUGGCUGGACGGCCGACCUGCGGGUUCGGUUGUGUAUGUGUCCUUCGGCUCUGAGAAUUCCAUUACCUGUGCAGAGAUGAAUGAGCUGGCGUUGGGUUUGGAGUCGAGCAUGAAGCCCUUUUUGUGGGUGCUCCGGCCACCGACCGAUGCAGGUUCCGAUGCCCUAGGGGAGCUUUUACCCCAAGGUUUGCGGGCCCGGACAGAGCAUCGGGGACAAAUUGUAAUGGGGUGGACGGAUCAAUUGGCCGUUCUUUCACACCCGGCAAUUGGGGCUUUUCUUACACAUUGCGGAUGGAAUUCUUUGCUGGAGGGCAUUUCUUGCGGGGUGCCCUUUAUCUGCUGGCCGAUCAAUGCCGAGCAGCCGUUCAAUGCCAAAUUUAUAGAGGAAGAAGCGAAAUGCGGGCUGAGGAUUUGGAAAGGGGCGAGCAGGGAUGAAAUUCGGAGAGUUAUUAAGAGUGUUUUGGAUGAUGAGGACGAAGCAGGGAAGGCGGUCAGGAGAAAUGCGAUCAGGUGGAAAGAAAUGGCGGAGGGGGCCGUGUGUGAGGGUGGAUCUUCAGCCAAGAAUUUGGAUAGUCUCGUCGCUGACAUUUUGGCUCUGCAACGACGCAAGGAGAAACCGAUUGCCUUGGGUUGA